GUGCAUAGGCGACUAUGAAGAGCAGAGUAAUAAGGCUGAGGAAAUGGAGGAUGAUGGCGAAAAUUAAUUUGCGCUAACCAUUCAAGGCAAGCGCACCUGCGGUUGCCUAGAUAUCGGAAGAUUCCCAUCAUCAACUAUAUGGAACCCUUACGCUCCUCGCAAUUCGAACGGUUGACGGCUAGGCGGAUCACACACAGUUCGACAUGCCGAAGGCCAAGCGCAACCGAAAGACGGAGCCUCCAGCGCGCCGCGAGUCUUCGCUCCAAAACUUGACCCGCCGAUCUCCACAAGCAGCAAUCUGGAGAAGAAAUCAGACAUCAUGUCUCUUCUUUCGGCUCCCGGCAGAACUCCGUUUAAGAAUCUAUGAGUUAGUGCUCAGCUCACACGUCAUCUACAUACAGUUCGGGGGCCAUGCCUACAAAAUCAGUCCCAAAGCCAAGAUCGGACGCCGACUAGAAAGCAGGCCUUUGGCAGGAUUCCAUUGCACCCGAUAUCCAACUGACUGCAACCCCUUCACCACCCGGCUUUCUGGGAGACAACGAGAAGCUCUGCGAGGACUGCAGGUAUUGAACAGUGUUUCCAGGGACUUCUACCAGGACACCGCCUUACUCCCAUAUCAAUGGAACACUUGGGCCUUCCAGAGCGUCCAUGUCAUGCGGAGGUUCGUUGAAGACAAGAACAGACUGCCGCAAGCGAGCCUGAGGGCCAUCCAGAGCGUAUUUGGGCAAAACUGGAUGACAAAAGAAUCUUGGAUGACGAAGUGGAAGGGUAUUAAUCUUGACUACACGAGGUUCUUUCCUGGGCUUAAGAUUCUGUGCAUUGAUGGCCCUGGCGAGGUUACUAAGCAUGAUCUAGUGGAAGGAACGAAGGAGAUGCAAGCAAAAAGCACACUGGAUAUCGACUGGCAAAUGAUACACGGGAACCCGCCAUACGACUUUUUGUAGAUCAAAGUUAGCAUGGGCAAUAGCAUGAGCAGUACGCCAUACUUGAUGAGAUAUUCACGAAAAAGUUUUGGAAUCACGUUCUAAGGAAGAGGCGCGUUGG